AUGGCUCCACAGUACCCGCCGGCCCAUCUCCUAGGUCUCCCCUCUGAGCUGCGGCAGAUAAUCUACAAACUGUAUCUGCCCGUGGACCUAAAGUCAAUUCCAACAUGGGGUUAUGCCAAACAGGAGCUCAAACACCAGUUGCGCCAUCACUCUGGCAAGCUCCCGGCACUCGCGAUAACCUGCAAAAGCGCCUACCGCGAGAUGAGGCCGUUGAUGCUCAAUGAUGCUACAGCCGUGUUCACCACCCACUACGGUGCUGGAGUCGAUGCGAUUGGGCUGCACGUGUAUGGGCCCUUACGGUUGAAGGAGCUGCGGAAGCUCACCAUCGUGACCCUGAUGGGCACGCCUGAAACUCAGUACCCGCCCCGUCGCAAGCGCCGUCCCAGAAGGAAGAACUAUCCCCACUGGAUACAGUUCCUCUCCAAGAUGCUGCACGAAACAAAGGUUUUGGAGGAGAUAACCGUUGACUGGAAUUCCGAGUUGAGGCAGAAAGACGACUACACAGCCAUGGAGAAGAUCCGUGACUUCUUCCAUGCGCUGGUGCUAGAUGCGCGGAAUAGUCUGGACUUGCCCAGAGCGUCGAAGGAAUAUGCGUUAGAUCAGUGGUUCCCGGACACCCUUGUCAAAAUUCCCAAGGCCAAAGUAAAGAAGAUCACAUUGCUGGGCACAUACCCAAGAAUAUGGCCUCAGGUCCUGUCCAAGAAGGCCCCCGGGACCGAAAUUGUUGCCCUCUGA